AUGUCUAGCAGAAAGAUCCUGAUGUUGUAUUUAUGUAUUUCUGUGCUUGUUACAAUCAAUUUUCAGGUUUUUUCUUCUGCCAAAAGAGUCGGGGAAAUUGAUAUUGAUGCAUAUAGAGAGAAAGUGAGACGCAUGUUUUAUCAUGCUUAUGAAGGGUACCUUACUCAUGCUUACCCGUAUGAUGAUUACUCUCUUACUUUGAUUGAUGCAAUGGAUACCCUGGCUGUUAUGGGUAACUAUUCAGAAUUCAGGCGCAUUGCACACAUCCUGUUUGACAAAGGAGAGAGCUUCUUCGACAUAGAUAUCAAUGUUUCUGUUUUUGAAACCAAUAUCAGAAUUGUGGGUGGUUUAUUGUCUGCCCAUUUAAUGAUGAAGCGGGCAGGAAUGGAGGUGGAGCCUGGCUGGCCAUGCAGUGGUCCUCUCCUGAGAAUGGCUGACAACAUUGCCCGAAAAAUUCUGCCAGCUUUUGACACACCCACUGGGAUGCCGUAUGGGACAGUCAAUCUUAGACAUGGUGUUCCCAAGGGAGAGACAACUGUCACGUGCACGGCUGGUAUCGGGACAUUUAUUAUUGAAUUUGGAACAUUGAGUCGCCUCACCGGGGAUCCUGUGUUUGAGAAGACAGCCAUUCGUGCCAUACGGUCAUUAUGGAAAUACAGGUCACCUCUUGGACUGCUCGGCAAUCACAUUGAUGUAGGUACUGGGAAAUGGACAGCCCAAGAUUCCGGAAUAGGAGGGGGUAUUGACUCUUAUUUUGAGUACCUGGUCAAGGGGGCAAUCAUGUUUAAUCAUUCCAGAACUCCUGCAUAUUCAGUAAAAAAAUAUCUGAAAAGAGAUGAUUGGUACAUGUGGGCACAGAUGACCAAGGGGACAAUAACACUGCCACUUUUCACCUCUUUAGAUGGAUACUGGCCUAGUGUUAAAGGCAUGCUGGGUGACCUUGAUGAGGCCAUGAAGACUAUGCAUAACUUCCAUCAGGUCUGGAGGCAGUUUGGGUUCACACCAGAGUACUACAACAUACCAAAAGCUGAAGUUCAUGGUGGGAGAGAAGCAUAUCCUCUGAGACCAGAAAUUAUUGAAAGUGCCAUGUACUUGUACAGAGCUACCAAAGAUCCCUACCUGCUGGAGAUAGGAGUGGACAUUGUGGAAGCUGUGGAGCACAGUGCUAGGACUAGCUGUGGAUAUGCUACGGUGAAAGAUGUGAGAGACCACAUGUUGGAGGACCGCAUGGAGUCAUUCUUUUUGGCUGAGACCACCAAAUACCUCUACCUUCUCUUUGACCCCGACAACUUUAUACACAACAACGGCAGCCACGGAGACGUGGUUACAACCCAGGGAAGCACAUGUGUCAUUGAAGCUGGAGGAUAUAUCUUCAACACUGAAGCACACCCCAUAGAUCUUGCAGCUGUCCACUGUUGCAGUGCUGUGAAGAAAGAAGAUGACAAACUGCUGCAGGAAUUCCAUGAUAAUUUGGAUUUACUGUCUCUUCUGGAUAUAGUGGAUGAAAGUGAUUAUGACUGGAUUGAAAGUGAGAAAAAGAAGAAAAAGAAGAAGAAAACAGAAGAAGAUAUAAAAGGUGAGAAAAUUAUAAACGUUUUGGACAGACAGUCAGGGGAGGAGGAUAGUACAGCAGUGUGUCAGGAAAAGAGUACAGUUCAGAAUGACGAACCACAAAUAUCUGAUGAUGUCACAGAGGUUGGAACCAAAGCAGAUAAAAGUACAGGCACCAGAGCAAGUGAAGAACCUGAGCAUGACCAAACGAAGAGAAAGCACCAUCUCCAUGUGGUUGAUAUAGCCAGCUUCACUGAAGCUGAGAGGAAUUUGACUCGAAUCUUCAUGGAAGAGCUGAAGAUGGACUCCAUCAUGAAGAACAUUUCUGCUGUGAUAGCUGAAAAGUUGAAACAUCAGUACAAGGAAACUGAAUAUGAACGGCUGGCUAUUGAUACUGCUAGAAAGAUACUUGAAGCUGGGAGUGAGGUCAAUGUUGAGAACACAACUGAUGCAUCUGGAGGGGAAGCUUCUGAUGUGACUAAAGAAAAUGCUGAAAAGGAUUCUGAUAAAAAUGUUAAAGAAGCUCAUGAAACUGAAAGACAGGAUCAUGUUAGUAACCCUACGGAUGAUCACAUAGUCAGGACUGCAAUGAAAACAGAGCCAGUUGAAGCUGAAAAUAAAGACACAGUGCCAGAAGAUUCAUCAAAAAAUACAGAAAAAACAACAAAUCUUAUGGAACCAGGUAUUAAAAUUACUGUUAAAAGAAGUGAUGGUUCAGAGGAAGUAGUUUCAGAACUUCAGCAGACCAGCAGUGAUCAGAAUAAGCAACAGAUGAUCAUUUUAAGUGUGGGCAAUGUCAAGCAGGAAGAUUCUGUAGCGCAAAGCGUAGGCCCUCCUUCAACAGAGCCAACAGCAGUAGCUUCAGUUGACUUAAAUUCAGAAAUGGUGAAUCCAACACUUGAAAGGUUCAAAUCCCAUAUUCAGUCUCAGAUUCAGCAUGUGGAGGACCAGAAACAGCAGCAGCUGCAGCAAUCAUCAACAUCAUCAUCAUCACUAGUAACUGAAGCUUCUUUAGAGACUAAAAGAGACAACCUCCUGUCUCUGACCUCAAAAAUUCUAAAAUUAUUUUCCAGUAAGGUUACUGGGGAAAGCAAGGAGGGUGAUGAGGCUGAAAGCCGGACACCGAAUAUAGAAGAUCUGUAUGCCUCCCUAGCCAGUUAUCCUCUAAAUUACUUUCACGAUCCAGCCGCCAUGCAUUGUCAUGCCCAGCCGUUUCAUAGCAGAAUCUCAGUUUAUGGUGAGAUGUUUCCAGAUGAAUGA